CUCUCACACACACACACACCUCAGUUCAGUGCUAGCAUCGUGUUGACGUGGAUGGUUCACUCACUGUCACAGCGUGGCCUAGGCGAGGGCAUUAGAGAAGCAUUUGAUAUACAGUUCCGCAAGAGGUGCAACAUCAAGCAGUUGCUCAUAUGAGAUGGAGGUCAUUUCUGGUUCACAGGACCCACUGUUUAUCCACAACACUCCAGACAGCCAUCAUGCUUAUGUCAACGCUGGACUACAGCUGGAUGGCUCAACAAGCACAAUUGCGCAGUCGUCAGUGAAAUCAUGUUCAACAAUAACAGAAGACACAGAAGAUUUACAAGCAAAACAAUCUGACAAGUCAGCUUCAUCUCGUGGAUGCUGCAGCUCCUGCUUGAGGAGCCACAGUGAUCUCCCUGAUAACCCAACAACGACACAGCGUAUAAAAUAUGCCUUCUCUUGUCCGCCCCAUGGAAAAAUUGGAGAUUGUCUCAUUUGGAUAGUGUUGUGCCUGGCUUUAUGGGGCUGCCUCAUCUCUAUUACGUGGGAGAUGGCUCUUCCUGGUGGGAAGUUAUUUAGUCUCCUCUUACUGUAUGUGAUGGCGCUGCUGGCUGGGCUGAUGGCCGACUUUGUAGGCCUACCUUCAUUACUUGGCAACUUGGUAAUGGGAAUACUUUUCAGCAGUAUUCCUGGGAUAAAUGCUCUUGGUCAUAAUAUUGAUAUAUAUUAUUCGUCUGUUCUAAGGAACAUUGCACUUACAAUUAUAUUAAUACGUGCUGGACUCGGACUGGAUCCAGUCGCCCUGAAGAAGUUAAGCUGCACUGUACUACGCUUGGCUUUCCUUCCUUGUUUAGUAGAAACAGUAACAAUGGGCAUUGCAUCAGCGUUCUUCCUUGAUCUACCCUGGAGCUGGAGUCUUAUGCUUGGGUUUGUUGUUGCUGCAGUAUCACCAGCAGUGGUGGUGCCAAGUUUAUUAAGAUUAAGUGAAGAAGGUUAUGGGGUGGACCAAGGUAUUCCAACACUGGUCAUCGCAGCUGCCAGCAUUGAUGACGUCUUGGCUAUCACUGGCUUUAGCAUCAUGCUGGGGUUAACAUUUGCUAAAGUGUCUGACAGGUUGUACACGAAUGGUAUACCUUAUAAAGAAAAGACAAAUCGAUCAACAUACAAGUUUGUCAUCAUCUUCAGCCUGAGCGCCCUGGCCAUUUUUGGCAGCCAUAGGGCUGAACUGGAAAGUUCUGGACCAAUAUUAGUACUGACUUUAGCCUUCGUUGCUGGGUUAGGCUGGCGCAAACUGGGCACCGAGGAUCCUGAAGUUUGUGCUAACUACCGGUUUAUGUGGGAGAUCUUCCAGCCGAUACUCUUUGCUUCAAUUGGAUCUGAAAUUGAUGACAGCACCUCCAGCUUCACCAUUACUGUCUCCCAGGACAGCACCUCCAGCUUCACCAUUACUGUCUCCCAGGACAGUACCUCCAGCUUCACCAUUACUGUCUCCCAGGACAGCACCUCCAGCUUCACCAUUACUGUCUCCCAGGACAGCACCUCCAGCUUCACCAUUACUGUCUCCCAGGACAGCACCUCCAGCUUCACCAUUACUGUCUCCCAGGACAGCACUAUCAGCCCCACAUUUACUGACUACCAGGACAUCACCUCCAGCCUUACAGUUUCUGACUACAUGAUUGGAGCGACAGAUCCUGGCACUAUUGGCUGGGGGAUGUUAGCCUUAUUAAUUGGAGUCGCCUUCAGAAUAGCUACUUCGUUCGUUGUGGUGAUGGGCGCUUCCUUGACAGCAUGGGAGCGUUUAUUCAUUGCCAUUGCAUGGCUUCCCAAGGCUACUGUUCAGGCUGCCAUCGGCUCUCAGGCUCUAGAUCACGUGCUGCAGCAUGGUGGUGACGAUAUAGAUCAUAUUCGGGGGCAACAGGUUGUUACUUUAGCAGUCAUGGCUAUUUUAUUAACUGCGCCUCUUGGGGCGGUAGCGGUCAGGUUCGCAGGUCCGAGGCUUCUUGCGAAAUGCCAACCAAAACCUUAGGAAAUGGUCCAGAAAUUACUGUGUUGAGGAAUUAAGGUUGAUCAUUGAGACACGUGUAACAAACAGUAGGUUUCUUCAUCCGAAUGUAUAUGAGACAGCAAAAGCAGUAGAAUGUGAAGACAAUGUAAUCAGUCCAUCUUUGAAGACGUCAUUUUGAGGUGGUCAGUCCCUCAGCCUGGAGAAGAAUUUUACUCUAUAGUCUGGAACAAAGUGAAGCUGAGGUAACAAGUGGUCAUGCCCGACCACUAGUUACGAGUGUGAAAGAAGUUAAGUGGGUUAGUCCCAGAAGGUUUUCUGCACUGCAACUCAGUGACAGUAUUCUUACUACUAGUGGGCGCCGUCUCUCCUGUUGUCAACAUUAUCUACGCCUCACAUUGACUAUAUAAGUCUCCAUUCAGUUACUUCAAACUUACAUUGUUCCAGAUAACCAGCACAUAGAAUGAAACUUAUUACGACGUUUCCGUCCUAUUUAUACCAUUAACUAGUCACACAGAAGUGCGAAGGGAGGGGAGCCAGUAUAAAUACCAGAGGGACACAGAGCCAAGAGCAGAACAAAAGGAGGUAAAAGAAAAACAAAAAUAGUGGUGGUGGUGGUGGUGGUGGUAGCAGUAACAGUAGUAGUAGUAGUGAUAGUAGCAUUAGUGCUAAGGAAAAAAUGGUAGUAGUAAUACUAGUGAAGGACAAAUUUCACUUCACUCGUGACUUAACCUGAUCCUCAUCUUCUCCCAAGGUGAGUUCUGUCCUAUGAGUUUUUACCUUGUGCUUUUGGUCCCACCCUCGUGAGUUAUUGUCUCUCCUUCACUGCUUCUUCUCAUUUUCUCUUGUCCUUAAACUACCUUCACUACUGCUACUACUACUAUUGCCUAUGCUAGUACCACCACCAUUACCACAACUACUUCAACCACUGUUUCUACUACCUUGUCUCAUUCUUCCGGCACCGCCCACUUGUGUAUAUACUGGCGUCCUUCCGAGUCAGGCCGAAACGUCGUCGUAAGUUUCAUUCCUCUAUGUGCGGGUUAUUAGUGUAUGAAAAUAGGUCUAAUAGAAUUUCCUGGUUUGAGAAUUUUAAACUAUAAAAGAGAAGAAGUGUCGCUCCUCAUUUAAAAUUUCGCUUUAAAUUCUUGUAUUAGCAUUAACUUGUUCAGUAAGAUAUUUAGCAGAACAACACACCAUUGUUGAUGUUGUUACACUGAUGAUGUAUGAAUGUCAACCAUAACAUUGUUUAUACAGGAAACUUAAUUAAUCUGUGAUGUAGUCAGUUCUUUAAAAGAUUCGUCUUUAUAGCAUAUAAUGUAAAUUGUGACUUUUUUACUAGAUGAAACAUUUACCUGUC